GCACGGGGGGGGAGGGGGGGGCCGGCCGUAACGGGAGUUUCCCCCGUGAGCCGGGGCGGCUGCGCGCGCGCGGAUGGCGACGCAGGUGGAGGCGCUGCUGCCCGGCGCGCCGCUGCUGCCCGGCGAGGAGCGCGCCCUGGUGCUGAAGCCGCCGCAGGACGGCGGCCGGGAGAAGGGCGAGCCGCCCAUGGGGCCCGACGGCGGCCCCGGCGCGCCGCGGCCGCCCAGCGCCAAGCAGCAGAAAGACGAGAGCAACAACCAGGAGAAGGAGAGCCUGCUGCGGGCGGGCGGCGAGGCGGACGACGGCGGCGAGGCGGGCGGCGCGGGGCGGCGCGAGUUCAUCGAGGCCCCGCCGCCCAAGGUGAACCCCUGGACGAAGAACGCGGCCGUGAACGGGCAGUCGCCGCCAGAUAUAUUUCCAACUGAUGGCCAGUCUGAACUUACAACUCCUGCGAAAGUGGUGAGGGCUGCCAACCCGAGACAGCGUAAAGGAAGCAAGGUUGGUGACUUCGGUGAUGCCACAAAUUGGCCAACGCCUGGAGAAAUAGCCCACAAGAGUGUCCAGCAGCCACACAAAGCACCAUCCCUCCGGAAACUGCCUGUCAAGAAAGACAUGAAAGAGCAGGAGAAGGGAGAUGGGAGUGAUGGCAAAGAGAGUCUGAAAACCAGAUCUGAUGAGUCUGGAGAGGAGAAGAACGGUGAUGAUGACAACCAGAAGUCAGCCCAGAAGAAGAAAGGCAACAAACACAAGUGGGUCCCUUUGCAGAUAGACAUGAAGUCAGAGGUGCCUAGGGACAAAACGGCCUCUCGGAACAACCGGCAAAAUGAGCAGCACAGGCACCCCUCCAACAACCGCAGCGAGCUGAAAGGCUGGCACCCAGACAACAAGCACGAGCGCAGCUGGCAGGACCACGAUGAAACAUCCAGCGUGAAGAGUGAAGGAGGAGCUGUGCGAGGGGCCUUCCGGGGUCGCGGCAGGGGUCGCGGCAGGGGCCGGGGCCGUGGCAGAGGAGGGCACUUCGACUACCAGUACGGGUACCGGAAAUUUGAUGGCUCGGAGGGCUCUCGCACCCAGAAGUACGCUAGCAACAUCACUUACUACUUUGACAACAUCAGUAGCGCCGAGCUCUACAGCGUGGACCAGGAACUGCUCAAGGACUACAUCAAGAGGCAGAUAGAGUAUUACUUCAGCGUGGACAACCUGGAGCGAGACUUCUUCCUGCGUCGCAAGAUGGACUCGGAUGGCUUCCUUCCCAUCACCCUGAUUGCGAGCUUCCACCGGGUGCAGGCACUGACCACUGACAUCAGCCUCAUCAUCAAGGCUCUGAAGGACAGCAAGGUGGUGGAAAUCGUGGAUGAGAAGAUCAGGAGGAAAGAGCAGCCAGAAAAAUGGGCUCUGCCUGGCCCUCCUAUGGCUGACUAUACACAAACAGACUUCUCACAGUUCAUCAACUGCCCUGAGUUUGUUCCCCGGCAAAGUUUCCAGAAAGAGACAGAAUCUGCUCCUGGCUCCCCACGUCCUGCCAGCCCAGUCCCCACCAAGACAGAGGAGGUCAGUAACCUGAAGACUAUGCCCAAGGGCCUGUCCGCAAGUCUGCCAGACCUGGAUUCAGAGACAUGGAUUGAAGUGAAGAAGAGGCCUCGACCCUCUCCGGCCAGGCCCAAGAAACCAGAGGAGUCAAAGACACCACAGCAGCAGAAGCAAAAGGACCAAGAUGAACCUGAGGAACUAGACUUCCUGUUUGAUGAGGAGAUGGAGCAGAUGGAUGGCCGCAAGAACACCUUCACUGACUGGUCUGACGAAGAUUCGGAUUACGAGAUUGAUGAUCGGGAUGUGAAUAAGAUCCUCAUUGUGACGCAGACGCCUCCUUACCUGCGCCGGCAUCCUGGCGGGGACCGGACUGGCAACCACACAUCCAGGGCUAAAAUGAGCUCAGAGCUGGCCAAGGUGAUCAAUGAUGGGCUAUACUACUAUGAGCAGGACCUGUGGACAGAGCAGUUUGAGCCCGAGUAUUCGCAGAUCAAGCAAGAAGUGGAGAACUUCAAGAAGGUGAAUAUGAUCAGCAGGGAGCAGUUCGACACCCUGACCCCAGAGCCCCCUGUGGAUCCAAACCAGGAAGUCCCUCCUGGUCCCCCCCGGUUCCAGCAAGUACCUACAGACGCUUUGGCUAACAAGUUGUUUGGAGUUCCUGAGCCUUCGACCAUCGCCCGGUCUUUGCCUACAACUGUACCAGAAUCACCCAACUACCGCAAUGCCAGGACCCCCCGGACCCCUCGCACGCCUCAGUUGAAGGACCCAACGCAGACACCCCGCUUCUACCCAGUGGUGAAAGAGGGCAGGACGAUAGAUUCUAAGACUCCACGGAAGAGGAAGACAAGGCACAGUUCAAACCCUCCAAUGGAGUGCCAUGUGGGCUGGGUGAUGGACUCGCGGGAACACAGGCCUCGAACCGCAUCUAUCAGCUCCAGCCCCUCGGAAGGGACCCCAGCUGUUGGAAGCUAUGGCUGCACCCCACAGUCCCUGCCCAAAUUUCAGCAUCCUUCGCAUGAGCUGCUCAAGGAGAAUGGCUUCACACAACACGUCUACCACAAGUACCGUCGGCGCUGCCUUAACGAGCGGAAAAGACUGGGCAUUGGUCAGUCCCAGGAGAUGAACACGCUCUUCCGAUUCUGGUCCUUCUUCCUGCGAGAUCACUUCAACAAGAAAAUGUAUGAGGAGUUCAAGCAACUAGCUGUGGAGGACGGGAAGGAAGGAUACAGGUAUGGUCUGGAGUGCCUUUUCAGAUACUACAGCUACGGGCUGGAGAAGAAAUUCCGGCCAGACAUAUUUAAGGACUUUCAAGAAGAGACCAUCAAGGAUUAUGAAGCUGGACAGCUCUAUGGGCUGGAAAAGUUCUGGGCCUUCUUAAAAUAUUCCAAAGCCAAAAAUCUGGACAUUAACAGCAAACUGCAAGAAUACCUCAGCAAGUUCAAGCGCCUCGAGGACUUCCGAGUGGAUCCACCCAUGGGGGAGGAAGGUGGACACAAGAGAUACCCUACGACGUCAGGGGGAGAUAGCAGGAAGCGCUACCCAUCCCAGUCUUCCAGCAAAACGGUCAGCCAGUGCCCAGCCAGCCAAGCCCACGCCUCAUCCAGCCAGCCUGCGCCAGAGGAUGCCAAAAACCUGAGCCACCAAUCUCCCGCCCCAUUGGCUGCAGAGUCGCAGACAGUGGGGAAGUAGAGAGGCUGCAGCGUCUGCUUCCUCCUGGGGGACAGGGUGGGUUGGUGGGGGACUGACUCGGAGAAGGGGAGACGUGAGGGGGUGGGGCAGGAAGGGAGCUGGAAGGUGGGUGCCCAGGAAUAGGCUGCUUGGGAGAAACUUCAACGCACACGAUUUUUUUUCUCUUGUGGCUGGAAAGCAAAGAUGAUCUGCAUGUAAAACACCGUUUUGCUAUUACAACCCUGACCAGAGCCAGACCUGCUCCCUGCAGGCUCAGCCUUUGCUUUCCCUUCCCUCCCCUCCUGUGCACACACUCAUGUCUUAGUGUCUCUUCAACAAAAAAUGUUCUGGCUGGGUUGGAAAGGGGAGAUUUUUUUAUUAUUAUAUAUAUAUAUCAAGUUUUAAAUUAUUGCUAGAAGUUCGUCUGGAUUUACCAAAACAAGUCUGCACUGUGCAGCCCCAAUGACUCCCUUCUGUGUUCCCCCUCGGAUUGCAAGGCAGCCUGUUCAGGAAGCUCGGAGGAGCAAGGUUCCCCAAUGGGGAACUGAAGCCGCAGUGUGUGUCGAUGCUGCGGAGCCUCUGAUCUCCACGACCUGGCUGACUUCUCCCAUUCCAUAUAUGGUGGCACCUCUCUGACACACACUGCUGUGGCAAGGAGCAUCACCCUGUUCGUCCUCCCAGUUCCUCCUUCCCAGCGUCUUUACCUCCAACCUUCCCAAGGGUCUGGCUCUCCCUCCACCUGCCUCUCCCUUCAAUCACGGACAAUUUGGAAGUCAACCAAAGGACCUUUGCCAAGGAUAGGCUUGUUCUGACUCCCUCCUGCAAGGACGACUGGUGGGAGGUCGGCAGGCACCUGGACUCAAGCCUGUGUGGACAGUGCACCCACUGCCCCAGGAAUGCCCAUCGCAUGCAAAGACAGGACUUUGCUGAAGGUGGUUUUCUCUUCCUUUUCCCUUGGAAAUAAUGAAACAACAACAAAAAAACACAUAAACCCCUCUAAAACAACAACAACAAAAAACUUUAAAGACACAUCUCCCUUUGCUUUCUUCCUUGGAAAUAUUAUUGAAGAAAAAAAACACAAACGAACAAAAAGAACAAAAAAAAAAAGUUGCCUUAUGGUGGAGCUGGGCUGGGGAGGCAUGCUGGCUUCCUGCACCCUGGGGCAUGCUGGGCUCUCUGUCCCCCUGGCCCAGAGACUCCUCACGGCAUUGCUGCCGAGCUGAUCUUCCCCGCGGCCUUUCCUCUGACUCCGCAGCUGGCUCGGGUGCCUCACCCCUGUCGUGGAGAACCGCUGUCAGUCUGGAUUCUCGUGGGGGAAGGUGCUAAGGGCAGUCAAAUCCAAGACUUGUGCUCAUGAAGUAGUUGAAGCCGCUAUGUUGUGUAUAUACCGUUGUAGCAUCCUCCCCGUGACAGUGACUGUACCUGCUUACGGCCUUGCUUGGAUCCCCUAUGCCCUCUCCAGGGACACUGCAGGGGGAGAUUGGUCUGCUCUGCACUUCUGGCAUGAGGGGAGAGAUCCUUCACAGCAGCUGGAGGGACCAGCCUUGCUGUGAGUGAGUGGGAGGGCUGGCAUGUCCCUGGUGCCGCUUAAUGCUGUAGCUUGAGGAACCUGUCUCGCAGCCAUCGCUGGCCCCGGGACUACUGAUGGGACUUGUGCUGGGCACGAGCAGGAGCCCUGCCUGGCAAAGGAGGGCUCUCACCUGGGUUUCCUUGUGUGUCAUGUCUUGGCAGGUGGCUCUAUAGAGUCUCCUGCUCAGUGCAAUGUCCCUGUGCAUCUCUGAGGGCUGUGAUAACACCAUGCUGCUCCUUCCUCGGCUGAGGCAGGAGGUUGGCUGCAGAGCUGCUGUGGCAUUUACUUGGUUCCUCCAGCCAGUGCUGGGUGGGCUUUGUCCUGCAAACCCUCCCCAGGCUCGUGAACAGCCCCCCUCGCAGGGGUCCUCUGUGUCAGAGUGGUGAGAUCUGCUCUCAGGAUGCAGAAUUUAGCUCCAGAAAGUUGUGCCUCUGCCAUAAAUGUAGAAGUUCCUUCUCAGCCAGAGCUGCUGCUGUGCUUGGUCUUGUGGGUUGGGAUACUUUUUUGCAGCUGGUGUGGAUGUCGCUCUGGCACUCUGUCCUCAUGAGCUGCAAAGAGCUUGUGUGUGUGGUAUGGAGCGGGCACUGCAAUGGGCUACUCAAACAUGCAGUUAAUUGCAUUACCUUCUCUGCAAAAUCAUAAGGUCGUAACAAACAGCGUUUUCCUAACGUAUCCAAUUGAUCCAGAGCUGCAUCUCAUCACUGGAGGAGUUGUCGUCUCUUGGGCUGUUUCUAUACAGCUGUAGGGCUGGUGGAUGAGAGCAGCCAGGAGCGAGUGGAGAUAAGAGGGCAAGUAGGAGCAAGUUGUCAGUCAGCAGUGGCUGUGGAUGCUUGCAGGGCACUGGCUGGAGUUAACACCUUCCCAAACUGACACUGCGUCCAAGAUGCUGCUGGAGGAGGUGGGCUGGUCCACGGGGAACAGCUUCGUGAACUGCUGCUAGAAUUGAAAGCACAGCUGGGUUUGAGGGAGGCUGGGUAGCUGCUACUUCGCUGUUUCCUGGUGGUGUGAUCGUGCCCUGGUCUGUCCACCCCUGCCACAUCACCCCACAAGCUGGUACUGCUUACAGGCCUGAUGGCAGCACACCAACCUGUCCCCAGCCUGUGGCUCGCUCCGCUACAGCAGCAGUGGUCUGGAUUGUGGGGUGGAAACUGGGCAAGGCAGGCGAGUAACACUUGUACAAUGCUGUGGCUGUGACUGUUAUCUCUGGGUUUUCUCCUCUCUUGUGAGGAGUCAGAUCUCUGAGGUUAUGGAUUUGCCCCUGAUUUGGGAAGGAGGAGCCUCGGGGGGGUGGAAGUGGGGGUUGAUCAGGGGCGUGGGAGGUGUGUUGCUGGCUGUUAGCAAGUGGAAGUGGGUCUGGACGUGCUGCAGGUGGUCCUUGCUGCUGUGUCACUCUGCUCCUCUGGUCGGUGCAUGUUCUCUUCUGAAGCCAACUGUCUGUGUUUUAGCAACAAAUUAAAUAGGAAAUGAGGAGGAACGAGCUUCUCCGUGGAGUGGCUCCUGAUGCAGAGUUGUUGCUUGUGGAGCAGACUGUGGAAUUGCUUGGGUAGUAGAUAGAGAUAAGGAAGUUCUCAAAUUCUGAGUUGAUCCUAAAUUAUUUUUUAAUUUUUAAGGCUAAGACUCUGAAGUCUUGGCACAGAAGAGUUUACUCCCUCUCCAAGUCUGUGGUUUGUCACAUCAGUGUGGCUGAUGAAAUGCCCCUGCUUCCUAGGGGACAAUGGGUCAGAAGAACAAUCCCAGCUGUCCCGCCACCCUCUGGCUUCAUGGGCCGUGUGCCUUCUUUUACUGUCUGUCAGGCAGCAGCGUAGCCAGGGAGCAAAGAAAAGGCAGAUAUCGGAGCCUGAGGCAGUUGUUGCUUAUUUCCACCGGCCUUUCUCCAGACUGAAGGAACAUGGGCCCUUCAUUCCUGCUCUCUGCUGGGGCUCUGUGCCCACCAGUCACAGUGUGGGUGGUGUCAAAGGGCAGGGAGCCCUCCUGUGCUCUAGUUACGGGGCAGCAUGCUGCAGCUCUGUGCUGUGCUGUGGCUGUAGCGAGGCUGGGGCUGUGGAGCGCGUGGUCAGUGCUGAGGAGGGGCUGGCCAUGCCAAGGUUUUCCCGUGUCCUAGGCUGCCACAGGGGACAGGUCUGCAGAGGCACCUUCCCUCCUGCUGCAUAGCUGCAUACAGGAGGCAUCGUACCCAGCUCACUCCACCGCUGGUCAAAGGGACAGCUGUCGAGAGAGGGGCUUGCUUUGAAGAAGCUCUUGCCCUCCUGCUGAGGAGGGAGCUUGGCCUUGCUUUUAGCUUGGAUGCUUCAACACGAUCAUGUUUUGUUCUUUUAGUUUUAGUGGUCUGAGUGAUCAGGCGUGCGUACUUCUGUGAAUGCUGAUCCAUCGUGAUCCCAGCAGGCGAGGGCUGCGCCAUGCUGGCACCCAGCCACCAGCACGGCUGGAGGGAGCCCUGUCUGCUUUAGGAAAGGCUGGGGAGCCAUCAGGCCUGCAGGCAGAGCAGGGGGAGUGCUCCCCAUCUUACCCCUCUGUUAGGGAGGUCCCAGGCUGCUGCAGCCGAGGCUCCUUGCCAAGGUCUUUGGGAUAUAGGUGGUUGCAGUGGGUACAGAGCUCUGGCAUGGGGUCAGGAGUGGAGGUGGAAGGUGUGUUUCGGAGGAGGCUUUCUUGCUUUGCCAUACUUUGUGGGGAGGAGGGGGAGAUAAUUAAACAAUUACCCUGCUGCUCUGUUUGCCAGUCUGUCCCUGUCCAUUUUCCUGCUGCCCCCCUUCCCUCCCCCUGAUGCCCCCGAUGCUGGCUUGUCAGUGUAGCCCUUGGGGUCCCUUGCAUUUCGGCAACUGCUCGUCUUGCUUGGGAUGGUCAACUGUACUGUAACAAAACAAUGCGUUAACCUCAGUAUCCUGCUGGAUCUCUGUACAUGUCCUGCAAGGCCGUGCAGAGGGGGCCUUUGGGCUGUUAAUGCCUUUCCAGUUAUUUUAUUAAAAGGAAAAAAAAAAAAGGAACCUGUAAAUGUAGCAAGCUGUGUUUGCAAUGCUUGUUUUCUCCUAUCUCCUCCGAGACUGGUUAUGUCACUUUGUCACCAUUUUGAAAUGGAUGCUGGGCUCUUUUUAAGAGAGGGUUGCUAUACUUGGUGUUAAAUGACUCACUGACUCCGGUUUUUAUUUCAUUUCCAAUACCAGUACCAGAUGAAUCAGAUGAAUGACUUUUUUUUUUUUUGGCUUUUACAAAAUGUUCAUCUCGGUGGCGUGGAGCGGGCGGCCAGAGGGCAGCGUUUCAAUGAGUAGUUUACAGUCUCACUUUCUGCAGACACUUGAACAUAGGACCGAUGUAUCUGUGACAAGCACAUCCCCGCUGGUGGGAAGCUCCCGAGGAGCGGGGAGCACCCCGGGCCCAGCCAGCCCCCUGCGGCACGUGGGGCAGCGCUCGGCUCAGCCCCACCGUCCCCACGCUGUGCCCGGCUGCUCGCUCUCCAGCUGCCAGCCCCAAACAGGGGCUGGUGUGCGAAGGGGCCACUUGGCAUCACUUGGUCCCUGGGGCAGCCCCGCUCCCCCUCCUCCUAUCCCAGCCAACAUGUUGUGGUCCCACUGGAGUUGGAAACCUUUGAAUCUGUAGCUCAGAAACACCCGCUGAGCUGCGCCCCGGCGAGGGUGGCCCUCUGCUCGCUCGCCUGGAGCAAAAAGGGUGAUGGCUCAAUGUGCUGGCCCUUCUCAAACCCUGUGUGUCCCAACCUCAGCUUUCUGUUUCCCAAAACUAGAAAGUGUGUGCAACCUUCUUCAGCUGCAUUUACCGUAGAGACAAACUUAAAAUGACUCAUCGCAGACCAUGUAUCACUUGGGAGGAGAAUCUUGUUAAUAUGGCCCGCUGUACAUGAUCCAUCUUCUGUCGAUAGUACAUAAUCUUUGACCCAUGUGCUAGGAUCAUCAUCACGUAUAAAAGGAAAAGAGAAAAGUGUAAAAUACUUGAAUGAGAGCUUGUAUUAUAACAUUAAUAUUAUUCAGAGUAUCUGCUUUCUAGGCUGAUGUGAUUCAUUAUUCUAGUAAUGCUUUAGUCCUUUGUAAUUUGUGGUAAUUAUGCUUUUUCCUUUUUAAUACAAAAAAAAUGUAUAAAAAUAAAAACUUCAAAAGGCA